AUGGGAUCAAUUUCUCCAGAUGCGACCGCCCCUUCACGGCUCUUCUCACCUUUCAAAAUCGGCGGCCUGGAACUAAAACACCGUAUUGUCAUGGCCCCCUUGACUCGCUACCGCAACGACGAGAACCACGUCCCUCUACCCUUUGUGGCAGAUUACUAUGCUGAACGGGCCUCUGUUCCGGGCACAUUCCUCAUCGCCGAAGCGACUGCCGUCUCGCCCCGUGCGGCGGGAUACUCCCAUCUCCCUGGAAUCUGGAACAAAGAUCAAAUCGCAUCAUGGAAACGAGUUACGGAUGCUGUACACGCCAAGAAGAGCUACAUAUUCCUACAACUAUGGGCUCUGGGCCGCGUGGCAAAGAAAGAGGUCGCCGAGAAAGAGGGCAUGAAGAUCGUUUCACCAAGCAACAUACCCGUGGACAGCGAACACUCGGAGCCCGAGGCUUUGAGUUAUGAGGAGAUACAGACUCUUGUGGCGGAUUUUGGUCAAGCGGCUAAAAACGCUAUUGAAGCCGGAUUCGACGGCAUUGAGAUUCACGGCGCAAACGGCUAUCUUGUCGACCAGUUCAUCCAGGAUGUUGCCAAUCAAAGAACUGACGAGUACGGUGGUUCCGUUGAUAAGAGGAACAGGUUUGCUUUGGAGGUUGCAAAGGCGGCGGUCGAUGCUAUCGGUGCUGAUAAGGUUGGGUUUCGAAUCAGCCCCUUCUCUACCUUUCAGAGCAUGAAGAUGGCCGAUCCGUAUCCCCAGUUCUCUGCGCUGGCCAAAGGUCUCAAGGCCCUGAACUUGGCGUAUAUCCAUGCAGUCGAGUCGCGCAUUGCAGGUGAUAACGAAGGUGGAGGCACCGAAAAGCUUGAUUUCUUGCUGGACAUCUGGGGAGACGAUGCCCCCUUUCUGAUUGCCGGUGGUUGGAAGCCUGAUGGUGCUCUGGAAGCUAUGAAUGGUCAGUACAAAGACAAGAAUGUCGCUCUUGUUUUUGGUCGAUACUUCUUGGCCACACCCGACUUGCCGUUUAGGAUCAGACGAGGCCUUGAGCCAAACAAGUACAAACGCGACUUGUUCUACACGUUCAAAACAAAGGAGGGGUACCUGGACUACAAUUUUAGCAAGGAAUGGGAAGAGGCUAGCAAGCAUGGCCUGGAUGACAUUUUGGCAUGA